UCUAUAUAAGGUCCCACAGUUAACAAUGCAUGUCAGAGCACAAACCAAGCCAUGAAGUCUGGAAUUGUCUGUAGAUCUCUGAGACAGAAUUGUAUCGAGGCACAGAUCUGGGGAAGUGUACAGAAACAUUUCUGCAGCAUUGAAGGUCCCAGUGAGCACAGUGGGCUCCAUCAUCCGUAAUGGAAGAAGUUUGGAACCACUAGGACUCUUCCUAGAGCUGGCCGCCUGGCCAAACUGAGCGAUCGGGGGAAAAGGGCCUUAGUCAGGGAGGUGACCAAAAACCCGAUGGUCACUCUGACAGAGUUCUAGCAUGUCUCUGUGGAGAGAGGAGAACCUUCCAGAAGAACAACAACCAUCUCUGCAGCACUCCACCAAUCAGGCCUGUAUGGUAGAGUGGCCAGACGGAAGUUUUUCAGCGGCAGGAACUUGGAGACUAGUCAGGAUCGAGGGAAAGAUGAAUGCAGCAAUGUACAGAGACAUCCUUGAUGAAAACCUUCUCCAGAGCGCUCUGGACCUCAGACUGGGUGAAGGUUUAUCUUCCAACAGGACAACGACCCUAAGCACACAGCCAAGAUAACGAAGGAGUGGCUACAGGACAACUCUGUGAAUGUCCUUGAGUGGCCCAGCCAGAGCCCAGACUUGAACCCAAUUGGACAUCUCUGGAGAUUGGACGAUUGGAAAUCGAUUGGACAUCUCUGAAAAUGGCUGUGCACCGACGCUCCCCAUCCAACCUGAUGGAGCUUGAGAGGUCCUGCAAAGAAGAAUGGGAGAAACUGCCCAAAAAUAGGUGUGCCAAGCUUGUAGCAUCAUACUCAAAAAGACUUGAGGCUGUAAUUGGUGUCAAAGGUGCUUCAAUAAAGUAUUGAGGCUAUAAAUACUUAUGUACAUGUGCUUUUUUGGUUUUUAUUUUUUAUUAAAUUUGCAAAGAUUUCAAACAAACUUCUUUCACGUUGUCAUUAUGGGGUAUUAUUUGUAGAAUUUUGGGGAAAAUAAUGACUUUAAUCCAUUUUGGAAUAAGACUGUAACAUAACAAAAUGUGGAAAAAGUGAAGCUCUGUGAAUACUUUCCAGAUGCACUGUAUAAAUAGAACAGAAGAGGGAAAAAUUGAGAAAAAGACUUAAUUUUUUUUUUUUUUAAUAUCUAUUUUAAAUUUUUUGAAGGAAAGUAAAACAGAAAUGCAGGCAUACAACAAGUAGCCACAAGGCAAUCUAUUCAGGUGACAUCCACGAUGAAAUAUAGGCCAGUAAAUCAGUGUAACAUCAAUAUUGUAACCUAAUAAACACAAAGCAUCCCUCUAAAUAAACAGAUUUUAAUUUACUUUACACUUUAUGUGUGGUGCUGCAUGGACGAGGGAAGUAGUGCUGAAAGAGCUGAUAUAGCCAAAUAAUAGGCCAGUAAAUAAUAAUAAUAAUAAUAAUAAUAAUAAUAAUAAUAAUAAUAAUAACAACAACAACAACAACAACAAUAAUAAUAAUAAUAAUAAUAAUAAUAACUCAUAUUCAUCAUCAUCAUCCUCAUAUGUAGAUAAUUAAAUAUACAAACUUUCAAAUUGAGUACUUUCAGUAAACUAGUUUUUAAAAUGUAUGUCAGAGAAAGUACUCCUAACCUACCACAGCAAUUUGCCAACAAUUACUAUUUUGAAUUUAUGAAUGAACAGAUUUAAAUGUAUUGAUGAAUGGAUGAAAUAAAAGUUGUCACGGACAAAUCAUUUAAGAGAUGUUCGUCUUAUGCAGGUGACUCGGGAUGGGUCGAUGACGUUAACGCUACCAAACCUGCUCAAGAGUUAUGAAGGCAAACUCUGCAUAGUUUUGAUUAUGAUGAUAGAUCUGAUGAUUUUUCAGCUUGAUAUAUGAGGAUAGGUUCCACUGACGUAGGCUUCUGUACGCAUAUCAUUCUGUGUCACCACACGCAGAAGUCUCGUUUUCAACUUUUUUUUUUGUUUUGUUUUUUUUGUUUUGUUCUCGAAGGCGUGUAGGCUUGUACGUGCCUUUAUAAACCACUGAAGCUUGUCACCAGUGCACAUUACCACAAAGGGAGAAAUCGAGGCAGAAGUCCUAAAGAAACCUACUUUUUUUCAAUUACUGCUUACAGGGUAAGUAAUUUCACGAUGUUUUUUCUUUUUCAGAUCUUGACUAUCAGAGUCUUAACAUUUUGAUUUCUUUCCCUUUUCCCGUUUUAGUUCCCCCUUCCCCUAUUUACAUCAUAUAGAUAAGCUUAUAUUUUCUUUUGAAUUAUUUUAACGACAACAUUGGACAGACUGAACUGUAAUAAAGUUGUUUUUAAAAAAAAAAAAAAAAAAUGUCUGAUACAUCCUGUAGUGAUAACAGGUAAUACGAUUUAAUCUUAUUGACUAAUUAAUUGUUUGGUUUGGUUAUUUGUGCUCGUUGAGUGCAGGUUAUGACAGUUGUAGAAUGAACAGUUGACUUCAUGAGGCUCAAUUUCUGUGGCCACUUCCAAACAAACGAUGAUGAUUAAUGGGAUGUAUUUAUACUUCUAAUGCAUUCUCAUUUUAUUGCUAACUAAUUAGUGCACAAAACUAUGUAUAGCACUUUUAAGGUCAACGUAAUUGGGUAUUUUCCUAUUGAAAUAUCUAAUUACAAAUUACUGUUACACUUUAAAACUGGCCUAUUUUCCUUGCUAAAAUCUCAACAUGUGUGUUCUCUGUUAAAUAUUUUUUUCAUGACAUGAUUUUUUUUUUUUUUAUAGUGACUGUGAGAUAAAAUGGACAUCAAACCACUUUUUCGGAAACUAGGCAUAGGUGUACGAAUCUUCUUUACAUUUCUUUUUGCCCUCCUAGUACUUGGACUGGUACUAUGGGCUUACAUUGCCCAUGUAAAUCUUUUAGCAUCCCAGUAUGGCAUUAUAGCCUUUGGCUUUUAUGGUCUUCUGCUAUGUUUUCAUCUACUGGUCCAGAGUAUUUUUGCCUUUGUGGAGCACCGGCGGAUGCGUACCCGAAAAGAAGCUUGUUCCUACACCAAGGCUGUUGGUUUUACCAUCUCUGCUUACCAGGAAGACCCAAAGUACCUUCGGGACUGCUUAGAAUCAGUUAAGGCACUCUGUUAUCCACCUGAGUUGCUCCGGAUUGUCAUGGUGGUGGAUGGUAAUACAGAAGAAGACCGCUACAUGAUGGAGAUGUUCCAGGAAAUUUUUGCAGAUCAGGAUCCCAGCUGCUAUGUGUGGCAGAACAAUUACCACACACACCCAGCUGGGAUGGAUCCCCAGGAAGAUACCCAGCGCAGGAAGGUGGAAGAGAUUAUAAGAACCAAGCGAUGUGUUUGCAUUAUGCAAAAGUGGGGAGGAAAGAGAGAAGUGAUGUACACAGCAUUCAAGGCACUGGGCUCUUCAGUGGACUACAUACAGGUGUGCGAUUCAGACACAAAGCUGGAUCCCCUGGCAACAGUAGAACUGGUCAAGGUGCUUGAGAGUAACACAAGAUAUGGUGCUGUGGGUGGCGAUGUGAUGAUCCUUAACCUGAAAGACUCAUACAUCAGCUUCAUGAGCAGUCUGCGAUACUGGAUGGCUUUUAAUGUUGAGAGAGCAUGCCAGUCAUUUUUUGACUGCGUCUCUUGCAUUAGUGGCCCCUUAGGGCUGUAUAGGAAUGACCUACUGCAACAGUUUUUGGAAGCUUGGUACAACCAAACAUUUCUUGGCAGACACUGCACUUUUGGAGAUGAUCGUCAUCUUACGAAUCGCAUACUGAGCAUGGGCUAUGCUACCAAGUACACAGCUCGCUCAAAGUGCUAUACAGAGACACCAUCCCAGUUCCUCCGUUGGUUGAACCAGCAGAUGCGGUGGACCAAGUCAUAUUUUCGUGAGUGGCUCUACAAUGCUAUGUGGUGGCACAAGCAUAACCUUUGGAUGACCUAUGAGUCCAUUGUGGCUGGAAUCUUCCCCUUCUUUGUAACAGCCACCAUGAUCCGACUGUUCUGGGUGGGUACGCUUUGGAAUAUCCUGUGGGUCCUUUGCUGCAUUCAAUUAAUUGGGCUGAUUAAGGCAGCCUAUGCCUGCAUCUUGCGACAAAAUUUUGUGAUGAUGUUCAUGUCUCUCUAUUCUGCCCUAUACAUGACAAGUCUUCUGCCCACUAAGUAUUUCGCUAUGAUUACCAUAAAUAAGAGCAGUUGGGGCACUUCUGGCCGCCGUAAGCUAGUGGGAAAUUACAUGCCUCUCCUUCCCCUGUCAAUAUGGGCAGCCAUCCUGCUGAGUGGUUUAAGCUACACAAUCUACAGGGAAAGCAAUCAGGACUGGAACUCAGCUGCAAAAAAAGAGGAGAUCAAAUAUUUGAUCUAUGGUGCUGUGGCAUAUGUCAGUUACUGGUUUAUAAUGGUCUUCGUAUACUGGAUGUGGGUUCGUAGACUGUGCCGAAAACGUUCUCAGGGUUACAAUGUGAAUGUGUAGUAUAAUUUUCAUGUGAUUUAUUUAUUUAUUUAUUUAUUUAUUUAUUUAUAGUUUGUUUGUUUGUUUGUUCACUUGUGUGCACAAUGUUUAUUUAUGUUUUUGUUUAUGUUGAUUUGUUAUGCUUUUUAUGGACUGUUUAUUACAUAUUAAUAUAAUUUGUAAAGCAUCUUGCAAUAUGAAAAAUUUCCACUGUAUUAUAGAAUUUACUCUGUGUUAUACAAACUUUGUGAAAGAUCAAAUUACUUUGUGUUUGAAAUGUUGACUGAAACAGUAUUUAUACUUGUGCACUGUGGCACCUAUUUACUAUUUCAAAUAUGUACCCUUGUCCUUUAACAAUCUCGUUAUGCUGAUAAGAGUUGAAAUGUACUUGAGGCAAACUGUAGUCAAUAGAUUUUGUUUAGCAGUGCAAAAUUUUCAUAAAAUUUUUAUUUCUUUUAUUCGGUGACAUUAUAUUGGUGUACAUGUGACAGUUGCUGAAAGAUCACAUCUAUUAAUGUCAAUUGGAUGGUUUGAGAUAAGGUUACAAGUGUCAUGUCACAGCAAACCAGUGACUGCAUUUCCCAUCCUGCACAGUGACCUACAAACAUGGCCGCUAUGAACUACACUUCCGACAUGCAAUCACAUGUUCACCUUCUUCGGAAUACUAAUCACACACACCUGUUUCCAAUCUCACACACACUCACACCACAGUAUAUAAGAGACUGCUCAAACACUAUGACUUUGCGUAGUAUUGAGUUAACUCUUUGCUAAGCGGUUUUUCUU